CGUCUUGAAACGAAUUUACGUGAACUUCGAAAGGCUGCUGGAGGAUCAGCAGAGGAAUCUGAGCAAUUAGGCUCUACAAUUGGGCUCGAGCAGAGAUCAUCGAGACGACGUGCUAAACGUCAAGUGAUCUUAUCACCGAUAGUGCUAGCAUCGUUCAUAAACGAUCCAGCCGGAGCAUCACAACCGAUCAUACUCUCUCCGGUUGUACUCACUGCCUUCGUCAAUUCACCUUCAAUUUUUGGUACUUUUAUACUCAGUCCUACCAUAUUCACUGCAAUCAUCACAUCACCGAAAAUAUUCGCUCCAUUAAUUCUUUCGCCCAUAUUGGCCGUUCCCGUCAUUCUCUCUCCUCUUGCGUUCACUCCGUACAUUCUAUCACCAGGUGCGCUCAAUCCCGCUGUUCUUUCACCUUUAAUAUUCGAUCCGUUCAUUCUCAGUCCGCAAGCCUUAUCGCCGAUUGUUCUGUCUCCAUUAGCCUUCUCGCCGUUUAUAUUCAAUCCCAACUUUAUGUCUCCAAUAGUUCUAAGUCCGUUUAUAUUCACACCAUCAGUGUUUUCACCGGCUUACGUGACCGCAAUUGUUCUAUCGCCCUAUGCUUUCUCACCGUUGAUCAACUCUACUGGUAAAUACGUAAGUAUUGUUUUAUCACCAAGUGCAUUCAGUUGA